AUGUUCUACGACGAGGGGUUCGCGCUUCCCGGCGAGCGGUGCGGCAUCGUCGUCGGCGGCGUCGAGGAGACGUUCGUCGUCAUCGAGCCAGCCGAGGAGGCGGGAGAUGGAACGAGAGAUGCGCCAGAGAACGACGCCGGCGAGGAGGCCGACGAGGGCGCCGGUGAUGAACUAGGUGGCGGGGACGGCGGAGACGGCGCCCAGGCACAAGGCGAUGCCGGCGGCCGGGUAGGUGAGGGGUGCGAGGAGGAGCCUCAGCAGAGAGACGAAGGGCCGCAGCAAGGCCUUGAGGAGGUGCCAGGGAAAGAGCAGGACGUCGGAGGUGAAGAGGAGGGAGAGGACGGAUUCGAGGGAGGCGAGGACGGCGGAGACGAGGUCGGCUAG